AUGCACCAGUUACCCGCACUUAGUCAUCUACAAGAUGUCAUUGCACCAAGUACUACAACCGCCAUCCAAAGAAUGGAAGCUAACCCAGAACCUAUAAGUACUGGACAUGAUGCCGAGGCCGAGAAUCUGGAAGUAUCUGAACAGCCUGAUAGUUUGACGGUGCUUGACCUGACUUUAAAUGAGCAGAUUCAACCUAAUGAAUCUAGUGUCACCAGUGGAACAAGUAAGGAUGAUGGUCCAACUGAGUCUUCAACCUCCUCCGAGCUCCAUGAAGCUUCAAAUGACAGCAAAAAUACUGAAAUUGUACCUUCAGGUACGCCAGACGUGGUCAAGAUAGACCCCUCGUCAAUCCCCGAGGUAUCCAUUGAGAUGAAGAAAGAUGAGUCUCUGUCAGAUGGAGAUGUUCCAGACACUUUCUCCAAAGCUUCUCCUUCCGAAGAUGAAGAGGAGUAUGAUCCAGAAGUUGCAUUGCAAGAGUCCGUACCACAUCAACCAGAAAACCCCAAUCCAGAAUCACCAAACGACGAUAACGACGUGAAUUCAUCGGCCUUAAGUGACCUUGAGAACCACGAAAAACCCGAAGAACAAAACGAUGAGGAUGAUUAUGAUCCAGAAAUAGGUGUUCAAGCAAAGGUGACAAAGCCUGUUACUUCAAUACCACCAAAACCUCCAGCCAGUACUUUACCGGCCAAACCUGUAGGAUUGCCACCAAAGCCACCGGUGAACGUUAAUCACACACAUGUUUCCAGUACCAAUACCUUACCUAUUAGCCCUCCAAAUCCUCAGAAUAACUUGAAGGAGGCGUACGAUGCAAUCAUGCAAAGUGAGUUGGUUAAAGAUCCUAAUUUCAUUAAUUUAUCGCAACAGGAACAAAUGACCUUAAUUAUGGAGCAAUUAAAAAAGAACAACGUCCAUUUAAGUGGCACAGCAUCCGCAGAAAAUAGUAACGCCAAUUAUGAUCAAGUCUACUCUUACAAUAAGCCUUUCAAGUCGUUGAAGAGCCCAAUACCCUUGGUUCCUGUGAACGAAUUCUGUCGGAGACCAAAUAUUACCAAACCCAUGAGUACCAAAGAACAGCACGAUUACGAUGAGUUUGUCAAGAGGGAAGCAUAUUACAUGGGUUUGCAAAAUUGGGACGAGUUUCCUGACAAGCUGAGAUUAUUUAUUGGAAACCUUCCAGCAAAUACCAUCUCGAAGCAAGACUUGUUCCGGAUAUUUAGUCAAUAUGGUGAGGUUAUUCAGAUUGCGAUUAAAGCUGGAUAUGGCUUUGCCCAGUUCAGAACUGCGGAAUCGUGUCUAGAUUGUAUCAGAGGGGAAACCAAUGUUCCGUUACAUAAUAAGAUCAUGAGAUUGGAUGCUUCUAGACCCCAAAAGUCCAAGAGAAAUCCAAGAAGUGAGCCUAUAAGCAUCACAACGUCUCGUGGACGUGAACGUUCUCCAGACGAAGGGCCAAACAAAAGAAGAAAUAUUGUUCCAGACUGUCAAAUUUAUACCACAGGCAAGUCCUCGAUAUUCUUCCUUAGAAGAGUGAAAAAAGCUUUUUCCAAUCUUCGAAUCAACAUCAAUACUGAAGACAUAACUCAUAGAGAGCUCAGCGACGUCAUAAGUGAAGCAGCUUAUUCUGGGGUUUUGGGUGUGUGCAUAGUAAAGGAUAUGAAUGUUGACGUCCAAACCUUUGAGAGUACACCUGAUGGUGGUGUAAAAUUUGAUGAAUAUGCAGAUGUGGAACCUGAAGUCGCUGCUGAUAUUAUUUAUAAAUCCAGAGUUAAAAAGUAUGGUGAAGAGACUCCAGUUUCUCAAAGCUUUGAAGAGCCCGAAUUCUCCAACAAUGGGGGUAGCAGGCGUGGAGUGAGAGACAGAGGAGAAAGAGACAGAAGAGGUGGCAGAAACCAUAGACAUACUCAAUACCCUCCUAGCGGUUGGGCUGCUGGUAAUCCUGGUUCAAAUCGACCAUAUGAGCAAGUUCCAUAUGGUAAUCCCAUCCAAUCCAACUACGCAAAGCCUCCUAAUCCUAACUUUUCAACUCCUCAACCACCAUACAGUGCAUAUGCUCAAUCAAAUUACCAGCAACCGUAUCAACAACCUUACCAAUCAUAUCCUCCAGUUCUGAACAACCAAUCGGAAUUAAUACAGGCGAUCCAAGGGUUGGAUCCUAAUUCUGCUCAGAAUGUUUUGCAUGCUUUACAAAAUCAACAAAACCAACAACACCAGCAGCAUCAACUACAACAUCAACCACAAAACAUUGCUUAUGGAAGAGCGCCACAACCUUCCAACUACAACAACUUUGGACCUGGUCAACAAUUUAAUCACCAAGCCCCUCCUAAUGCAAGCUCCCCUAAUAACCAAGUAAACUCGUUAUUGAGUCAACUUCAAUCAGGCUCAUCCUCAUACCCUCCCCAAAAUCAAGCAGAGCCUGGAAGUACCCAGGCCUUAAUGGAAACUUUGGCUAGGUUAAGUAGAAAAUAG